AUGGCUGCUACUGGAUCUUUCCGCAUGGUGUCAGAGGAGGAGCAGGCCAUGAGGUCUAAGCUGGAGCGUUUGACAGUGAAGGAUCAUGGGCCGGUGUUUGGGCCAUGCCACAAACUGCCUGGACACACUGUGCAAAAGGCGAAGGAUGAGCUGACUGAGACGGAUGAGAGGCGGGCGUCGUCACUGAAGGAGCUGCGGACCAUGAUGAAGGAGAGAGUGGCGGAGGGAGACGACCUGGCCAAACUGGUGCUGGAGCACUUCGGAGACAAACCAGACUCUCUGAUUCUGCGCUUCCUCAGAGCUCGCAAGUUUGAAGUCGUCAGAGCCCACGAGCUCAUGAAGGGUUACGUGCGCUUCAGGAAGGAGUAUCCCGAGCUGUUUGAGAACCUGACCCCGGAGGCCGUCCGCAGCACCAUCGAGGCGGGUUACCCUGUGGUUCUGCCCAGCAGGGACAAGCACGGUCACGUAGUGCUGCUCUUCAACAUCGAGAACUGGGACCUGGAGGAGAUCACAUUCGACGAGAUCUUGAGAGCAUACUGUGUGAUCCUGGAGAAGUUGCUGGAGAAUGAAGAAACCCAGAUCAACGGCUUCGUCUUGAUUGAGAAUUUCAAGGGCUUCACCAUGCAGCACGCCUCGGGAAUAAAGCCAGCUGAGCUCAAGAAGAUGGUGGACAUGCUGCAGGACUCUUUCCCAGCCCGUUUCAAGGCGGUCCACGUCACCCACCAGCCCUGGUAUUUCACCACCACAUACAACGUGGUGAAACCCUUUAUGAAGAGCAAGCUGCUGGAGAGGGUCUUUGUCCACGGCGACGAGCUCACCAACUACUUCAAAGAAUUCGAUGCAGACAUCCUGCCGGCAGAUUUUGAUGGGAAAGCCCCUGUUGCAGACUGCCAGGCCAUCGCCACCAAGCUUUUUGGAUCUGAAGACACCGCUCUCUGAAAGUAUAGCUAUUUAAAACCCAAGUGUUAUAGUGUCCUUCACCCUAGAUGCUUCGUUGGUGAUCAGAUUUGGUCUAUUUUGAAGCUAGGUUGACAUUUUGUGUUAUUAUUCAGGCAGUUGCUACGAGCAAAAAAGAAGUAUCUAGAGUUAGGAGCAGAGGGAAGGUGGAAAAUGAUUAAAUAUAUGGUGAUAUGAAAAUGGGAAAGAAAAAGGAUGUUUAGAUGUUGCAGAUAGAAGAAUUGGUGCUUAAUGUUUGUUACUUCACAGCACUGACAUUCAUUGUUACCUUACAAGUAGAGGGAAAAUGAGAGUUGAUAAUGUGAGUCAGUUUGGUUUAGAGUUCCUCGCCUUAAAGUAUAAUUUCACAUCACACAGAGCAGCCUUUUGAUUCAGUUGAUUCAGUUGAAUGAGAACAGAGGUGUUUCAGUCUCAGGGGUUUAGAAAGAUUUGAAGAGGGUAAAACUGAUUAUGGAUGUGCCUGCAUUUGAUUAUUGUUUUAGGAGCGAGAGCCUCCUGAUGCAGUGCCAUGGAAACAGUUAUUUGUCUCAACAGCCUUGUUUAAAAUGAGACUCAAUGCCUGAUGUACCACAAAAACAUUCUGCAAUUUGCACUGGAUUAGGACAUUUUCAAUUAAAUUGUUUUGUGUGUG